AUGCCCAUCCGGGAUGAGGAGCUGGGAGCUGCCUACUUCACUACUGCCAUUGUCCGAGCCGGGCGAGAAGACUGGCGGGAGUCCUUGGAGUUGUGGGAGCAGGCGAAGGUUCAUGGCUUUGCCACCGACGUGAUCACUGGAAGUGCCGUGGUGGCCGCUGCAUCAGCUGCCAAGCAGUGGCACUCCUGUCUCGGCCACCUGGAAGCUUUUCGCUCCUCCUACAUGCAGCUCAAUGCCUACGGCUUCAAUUCCGCGAUGACGGGCUGUGCGAGGGCUGACUGUUGGGCAGUGGGGCUCCUGACGCUCAACGCCAUGCAGUUGUGGCAGAUCGAAACCCAAGUGAUCACCUUCAACGCCAUUGCAGCUUGCCUACGUCCUGUGGGGCGUUGGUCGGCGGCUAUUGGAUGCUUGGAUGAGGCGUGCAUUCUGAACUUGCAGCCCAACAUGGUGAGCUACAACACGUUGCUCAGCCAGGAGCAACCAUGGCAAAACCAAUUCCAGCUGCUGGAGAGAUCCCUGCAGCGUUCCCUUCAAAGUGAUGCCAUCUCCUGGAACUCCAUGGUGUCCAGUGAGGCCUGGUUUGUAGCCUUGGAUUUGCUUCAAUGCCUGUCUCGAGGUAUUCAGCUGGAGGUGGUGGCGAUUAAUGCUGGCAGUAGCAGCCUGGCAUCCAGCAGCCAGUGGAGGCAGGCGGUUCAGCUGCUGAGUACUGCGUGCAAAGGCAACAUCCGUGUAGAUGCAACUUCCCACACUGCCGUGUCAAUCGCCUGCGAGACAAGCACUCAGUGGAGUUGGGCCUUGCAGACGGUGAGCACAUCCGAAGGAGCCAUCCCAUGGGAUGAAGCCAUGAUGGGUGCCGCAAUUGCUGCCUGGAGCGGUGCACAUCUGUGGGAGGCCUCCAGUAGCCUCCUGAGACUUCCAACGCUACAAAGGGACGUGGUGUCCUUUGGAUCUGUGCUCCAUGCCUGCGAUCAUGGAGGUCGCUGGAUUACAGCUCUUGGAUGGCUUCGCUGCAUGGGGAUUGUGGGGGUCAGGACAAACUUUGUAACUGAUGUGGCAGCCAUGUCCGCCUGCAGGACGGCUACGCAAUGGCGCACAGCAAGUUGUUUGAUGGGCUUGCAGAGCAAUACCGUGCUGUUCAACGCCUUGGCCAAUGCGUGUGCAAGCAGUGGGCAGUGGCGUGAGUCACUUCUUGUUUGCAGUGAGGCCAAGCAGCAAUCCCAGCUGGACGAUUUUGCCAUGAGCUGCGCAGCUGCUUGCUGUCCUUGGCAACACGCCACGUACUUGCUGAGGUUCGAUGAGGAAUCCUUCCAGCCAGGGGCUUCCAUGGAGAGCUUUCUGGGCGCCUUGAUCCAUUCGUUGUGCCGCGCCUGGCAGUGGAGACCAGCCUGGGAAUUCAUGGAGAAAGAGGCUCCCAGGCUGCAACUGGAGGUGGAUGUGGUGAGCCUUGCCGAGGUCGUUGACGCUUGCUUUCGCGCCGGCCAGCUGAAGCUUGCGGCUGCCUUACUGCAAAGCAGCA